AGGAAUAUGUACAUAGUAAAAAUCAUAAAAACAUUUAAAAAAACUAUUUGAAGUAAGUGCUUUCCUAUUAAUUUUUAUUUUAGUUCGCAAGAUAACACAAAAUUGUGCAUUUGGUAUAGACUUGUGAUUGACUAGUAACAUCACCCUGAGACGACAUGGCCGUCUUCAUGAUAAACAUCUGUAAAUUCAAUGGCUGUGGCAUAACAUUCCCAAGACUGGCGGAACUAAUUGAACAUAUAGAAGAUGUACAUAUCGACUAUGACCCAGCAGUAGUGGAGCAGAAGGAAGCUUCCCAGCCAGCAUGUAUCCCCCUGAGCUACGUGCUACGUUUCUUCACAGAGGCGUCGAAGCGCGAGAUCCACACUUUGCCGCCAGUCCCGGAUAUCCGCCGACGGCUGCUCUCAGCUCCAAACACACCAUCUGUACGGAGCAGCACACCUACUGGGAGCGAAGUGGACGAAGAGGAGCUUAUGAGUCCCUCUGAAGACAGCAAUGAUUCUUGGACCACCGUUGAAGAAUACAGCUCGGAGUACAUACUGCGAUAUGGCGUCAAAAUGAAUGCAAGUGCGUCUUCUGGUGCAUUGGGCCCGGCCGCUCAAGAGAAGCCGUUUGCUUGUCCAGUGCCUGGCUGCAAGAAGCGAUACAAAAAUGUCAACGGAAUUAAAUACCAUUCCAAGAACGGUCACAAAAAGGAUGGCAAGGUAAAAAAGGGUUACAAAUGCCAAUGCGGCAAAAGUUACAAAACGGCCCAAGGGCUUAAGAGCCAUUCGAUAACGCAGCACAUCGCCACCAGCGCCAGUAGCGUCGCCAGCGUCAGCGCCAGCCAGCCGCCGCCGGAGCCCGCUCCUCGCCUGGGCACGCGGCUGCCCGGGCUCGUGGUCACGGCCGCGCCCGGCCGCCCGCUCAAUGUCGUCGACAGCAUCGACGGUAACAAACUAGUCCGCAUCUAUGACAGCAUCAAGACCAAAGAUCUACCGUCGUUCACCAUACCAAAGCACAGCCUCACCAGCCUCAACAUCGUCGGCGCUAACCAGGGCUUCCGCCAUUCGGGCAUCCUCACUCCUAACUCCACGCCGGGCUCGAGCCCGGUCGACAAAAUGAAGGCCGCCUCUCCGAGGGUGACCGUUCAGAACGCUCUGCCUCCCCCGCCCACUUAUGUCAACGAUAUCUCCAAUUAAACUUUCACGCUUCGCCGAGAUUGAGUUUUGACGGCAUGCCUGAACGAAUUUAUAACUCACUAGAUAAGCUAUGAACGUAAAGUUCCUAUUAAAAAAAGUAAAAAAAAACUCAUCUUUAAUAAGGCCGGCCAGACAUUCGGAACUUUCUUUCCAUCCGGAGUUUUCUCAGAUUCCGAAUGGAAAUCUUCUGUACGUGUGUGUCCUUGAUUUUGUACUGAUUGGCUGUGUUUGGGAUCCCGUGUAGAAAAAUUCCUCAUGAAUGUGGUCGGCCUUAAUGAAUGUUUAUUUAAAUGUUCGUUUGGAACGCUCGAUUACAUAGUUUUAUAUUUUGUACUUAUGGUUGCACAAAGUACUCUUUGCACCUCCAUCUACCGAGCAAGAUGUACUUGUAUGCCAAUUUUUGUCAUAGUUUAAAAAUGUUAUUUAUUUGAUUAUUUAUUUUGUUUUUGUAUUACGUUACCUUUAAAAGUUUAUUGUGAUGAUAAUGAUUUCUAAGAAGAUAAACUCAGAAUGAGACUGAUAGGUAUAGCGCCGGACCUUGAACUAUGUCGCAACGAAUUGUAUCCAACGAAUACCUUACGUAGGAAUUCUUUUGAAAAUAAAGACAAAAAUCCAUAAAAGAUUUCAUGGUAACAAAUACUCACUAAAUAAUUACUACUAUGGUUCAAUAAUAAAGAUCUGGUUGCUUGUUAUAAACUCGCAUUAUAUUUAAAUUUUAAUCGGGUUAACAGCAAUAGGUGCUGUGAUAUGGGCUAGUCAUUUUCGUUGGAUACAAUGGGCAAGUGAUGUUGCAAUACGACGAGUGUGAGACAAGAAUCUUGACGAUAUAAAUGAUUAUUUCAACGUGUUUUGUUCUGUCAAUCUUGUUCUGAAUGCUUGGUUUUGGUUAGAUAUAAAAUAAUUAUGUACUUUGUACACAAUUCUAAGUUAACAUACGUUUUCUGUCUUCCUUUUUAGUGACUUAAAACUUUCCCAUGAUUUGGUAAAAAUAGCUUCUGAAAUCUUAGAAAAUUUAUUUUGGUAUUCGAAUAUCGACUCACUUACGAUCUUUCUUACAGUAAGUGUGUAAAUUUUGUGAUUUCUUAAAAUAUUUCUUUAAAAAUACUUCUAGGUACCAAGUUACCAACUAUUGUGUUGCAAAAUGACGGAACUUAUGACAGAACUUAUAAUUGAUCCCUCCAACCCUCCUUUUGUGCCAUUAUUUUAUACAAGAAAACUAAUGUGUACUUAAUAUUUCACACAUAAAUACUUCAUUCACAAAUUAAAAAAAGUGUAAUCUUACGAACAUUUACAAAAAUGUUAGAUUUUAUAAUUAAGAUAUAAAAAAUUGACAAAAAAUAUAGAAUUUGUCCUAAGUGUCGUAUUAUGGAACUAGGUUAAAUUACAUACUCGUAAAUGUGAUAAUAAUAUAAAAAAUUAAAAAAAAAAAGAUGCUUUUAAGCAAACACUUGUAAACGUAGAAGUAAGCCCAGCCACGCUGGUAUGAAUCUUAUGUAUUAUUUUGAGGCAUUAUUGAUUGAUAGUGUAAAAGUGUAUUUAUUUCAUGACUUUUAAUAACACUAAAAGUCAAAGUGAUCGAGAAUUCUUGUUUAAAAAACCUAAAAGUGUCUGUACGACGUACGUAUCUGCGUUAAAACGUACCUUUGCGUUAUCUAAGCUAUUAUAUUAUUUGUCGUAGUUACUAUUAAUAAAAACGACUUAAUAACGAGCUUGUUUAAAAAGUAUAGAAAUUGAAUUCGAAAACGCUGCUCAAUUUCACUGUUAUUUAUGUAUUUUAAUACAAUCUAGACUUUUUAAACGUUAAAAAUCUGUAAAUUGUAAUUUGAGGCUGAAUUUUUAUUAGUGCAUAGUGAAAUUGCGCAGCUUUAUACCAAAUGAAGAAUGAGGUGCUAAGCUAACAAGGGAAAUGGAGCGUAGGACGCGAAGUUGCGUAGGUAUAGUCAUAAUAUUGUAGUAUCAGUUCCAAAGUUAAGACUCAUCAAAAGACGUGUUUUUGAAGUAUUCGAAUUGAAAUUUGUUCGAAAACAACUGUCGGGUAUAAUGUUUCUGCGAUUUCAAACACAAUUCGGAAUACUAAUGAUCCAAAAUACGUCUCUAAAUGGGUAUGAGAUAAAACAAAUAAGGUGGUUUGAAAUUAUGUAGAUUAUACCUCUAGAAGAGCGGUGUUCCUACCAAAGAAGAAUAAAAGAAAAUGUGAUAAUACGCGUAGAUAACUCAAAAGUUUUGGAAUUCAGAAUUGUUUCCAGCAAAUGUUAGGAAUUGAAUAUUUUAUUAUAUUUUUAAAAUAAUAUAUUGUAUGUUUAAUUUAAGAUAUUUUCUUGUAAAGUAUCUAGUUAAAAGUACCUUAUUUGUUUUAACUAUUAAAAAACUUAAAAGCAUCACGCUCAUAAGAAAAAUUUGUUUCAUUGUAAUGUUUAGUAACAUUUAAUUUUUUAAUUAUUUAGUUGGUAUGAAGAGAAAUUGUUUUUUGUUUGUUUGGGAUAUUGUAAUUUUCUUUUUUAAAUUUGUUUUAUAAUUUAUUGCUUCUGUUUUUCUAAGUAUACGUUUGUUGGAAUUUAAAGAAUAUAGCAGGUAUUAGUUCGAAUUAAAGUUUUACGCUGUAAAUAUUUAAGUGAUAUUAAAUACUAUAAAAGUUUAUAAUAUUUACUCGGUUAUUUUUUGUUUAAAAAUUUAUCGUCUGGAACCAAUACAAAUAUGACUGGAGACGUAUAUUAUUAUGCCGAUGCUCAUUUUAAUUUAUGUAGUUUGAUAUACGGGAUGUAAGGGAAAGGUUGGCAAAAAGGUGACAGUUGAUACUUUGUUUAUAAAUUGUCGUGACUCAGUAGAAUUUUGUCCUGGAAAAUGUAUGUAUGGUAUUGUCAUUUUUUAUAUACACAUUUUUCACACUGAAAAACUGAAAGGUGAACAAAAAUAUUUUGCUAAACUGUGCCGUACAGCCUGUAUUUCAAUGAUUUCGUAAUUAUAAUCUAAGACUGAUAGUUGGAAAUGUGAAUGAGCCUAUGAAGCUGAACUACUAAUGGACCUUAGAAACUACGACGAAAUAAUUUAAAGGUUUUUCCGGGGCCCCUUUCCGGGGCUUAUAUUCCUGACUCCGGCCCUGUCGAUUUCACGAAUUUUCUCUUUUUUCCUAAGGUUCAUUGUUGCUUUUAGUUGAAAGCUUGUGUUUGCUAAUGUUAAUUUUUAAUAAUUUUAUAUGUAACCCUCAAAAGACAUUGUCAUGCUCACAAAAAUUAGGUAUAUGCGUAAAUAGAUAAUAAGUCAGCUUAUGGACUUGCACUGUAACACAAUGCUAUGAGUGUUACGAUAAUGUGUAUUGCAUUCUUCUAGACUUUGAUUCGGCAUACUUAAUUACACGUAAACUUUUUCAAGAGCAUCAUAAGUUUACUUUUUACGGUUUUGUAGAUUACCUACAGAGAAUGGUAUUUACCUACUGAGGAAAAAAGUUUCAAGGUUCUUAUAAGGAGUUUAGUGACGUUAUUCAUUCUAGUCCUUGUUAUCUGACGUUUUGUGUGAAUUAUUUUAAGUUGGUUUAAGGUUUUAAAUAAUUUAUUUGCAUGCAUCAAUUGAUUGUCACUGACGAGAUUUAAAUAAUCGUCAAUUAAGAGAAUUGACCAAUUUUCAGAGUUGUCGCGUAGGAUUGUAGAGAAACAUUUGGAGGAAUUUUAAACGAAAUUGUAUUAGGGAAUGUGGAAGAUCUAUGGAUCGUUUGCUAUCAUUCUUCGUUGUAAAUAGAAUAAUGGAAGGAAACAUUGUUUUCCCAACAUCUUGCUGACAUAUAAUAUGUAUACAAUAAAAUUAUAAAAAAAUAUCCAUAUUGCGAAUGGUUGUGAGAAACGUGCUACACGUUGUGUAGGUAUACAUUUAUGUAUGUUGUUUUCCCAUAAUCUAACUACAUUAUCAGAAUAGAGUAAAGAAUAUUCUAACAAUGAACGAAUUAGAAUGUUUAAAAAUGAUAGACGAACAUGACCUUAUCAGCAUAUUAAUAUUAUUGGCUGAUUUUUGAAUGUUUGCUUAUGGCUGCUGCAUAUUAGUUGCUUACCUAUUGAAUUGCAGAUAUUUGAUAUUCAAAUUUUUGUCCUAGUCAUCCACCACGAUAAAUGUUUUAUACUGCUGAGUUGUCAAAAAUAAAUUAAAGUUCAUGGUAAACGAGAUAUUUUGUGUUCUAGUAAUGACCUGCAAUUUUUUAGGUAACCAGCUAAUACAAAGUACCUAUGCAGAUAUAGUCGCAUAUUUUGCGAUUUACUCCUAUUUAGAUUAUAAGUCUACUGUGAGUAGAUAUAGAUGCGCUUAUUGAAGCGAAUUUAAGCUUUUUAUGUGUCAGAUACUGCUGAAUAAAUGUUAUCGCAUAAAGGUAAAUACACACUUGCUUGUAUCGUGAACUGGUUUCAGAUAAGGAAUAGAAGCGAGGUAUAUUAAUUGCCUUCUUCUGUUUACAUGUCCUAUAUGUGUAUUUACCUUUAUACGCAUUAUAUCGAUUAAUCCAUAUAAGUUAAUAGCGUUUGUAACAAAACCAUUGCGGUGUCAUACGAUUUGACGAUGAUAGUUUGUGUAAACAUCAAGAUGUUUGUAAUGUUAGGGUCUCAAUGUUGUUUUCAUGUGAAUUUUGUAUUUAACUGUAUGUUGGUUAACACCCACUCAUUUUGUGUCUAAAAUUAAAUACAACAUGGUCGA